AUGGAGGCCGAGGGAAGAGUACACGGUGCGCAAGAACUGCUGACGUCACCGGCAGAAGGAGGCACGGAAGGAUCGCAGCCGCAGCAAACUAGGAAGAGAAGAUCGUGGACGGCGGAGGAAGACGCUGUGCUGGCGGCGCACGUCCAGGCUCACGGCGUGGGGAAAUGGGAUGCGGUGCCGCAGAGCACGGGACUGGCACGCACCGGCCAGAGCUGCCGGUUUCGGUGGCUUAACAGACUCCGCCCCGGCCUCAAGGACGACGGCGUCGCCUUCUCGCGCGACGAGGAGAUCCACCUCUGCCGCCUCCAUGCGGCCCUCGGCAACAAGUGGUCUCGCAUCGCCGCCGAAAUGGAGGGCAGAUCGGAGAACCAAGUCAUGCACUACUGGUUUUACUACGUCAGUCGAUGCCAACAGGCCGGCCUCAACGUCUACCCUCAGGAGGUGCAACAAGCCGCCGACGGACAACCUUCCCUCCACCAACCACAACCCAAAAGGCACAAGAGUCAGACUUCUUCGUUGCCACAACAGCUGCCGGCGCCGCCGCCAUAUCUGCAUUCGGUCGGCUAUCCCAAUUAUCCCGUCGUCCCCACUCAUCUGGCGCAACCACUCGGUGCCGUUUAUCCUGUGAGGAUGGCAAUCCCUCCUCCUCCUCCUCCUACUCCUCUUCCUUGUCUUCCUCCUCCUCCGGUCAUGGCUGAGGCAUCGUCCACCACCCAAUUCUGGGCGCCCGUCCUGUCAUUGUCGAAUCAGAAUGUUGAACAGGGGAUGCAGCCACAUCCGCUGGCACUACCAUUGAGAAACACAACCGAAUUUACCGAGAAUGACCAGGGCUUAGCGUCGCUCCUGCCACAUUUCAAUCAGAAUGUUGAACAGGAGAUGCAACCACAGUCGCCGGCGCUACCGUCGGAAAACGAGACUGAAAUUAACGAUGAAGACCAACUCUUGUCGUCGCUCCUAUGGCAGUCGAAUCAGAAUGUCGAACAGGAGAGUCAGCCCCAGCUGUCGGCGCUACCAAUGGAAAACGCAACUGAAUUUAACGAGGAAGGCCAACUCCUGACGUGGCUCCCGCCAAUGUCCAAUCAGAAUGUUGAUCCGGGAAGUCAGCCACAGCCGCCGGCGCUACCAAUGGAAAACGCAACUGAAUUUAACGAGGAAGGCCAACCCCUGAUGUCGCUCCCGCCAAUGUCCAAUCAGAAUGUCGAACAGGGGAGUCAGCCCCAGCCGCCGGCGCUACCAAUGGAAAACGCAACUGAAUUUAACGAGGAAAGCCAACCCCUGGCGUCGCUCCCGCCAAUGUCCAAUCAGAAUGUUGAACUGGGGAGGCAGUCACAGCCGCCGGCGCUACCAAUGGAAAACGCAACUGAAUUUAACGAGGAAGGCCAACCCCUGAUGUCGCUCCCGCCAAUGUCCAAUCAGAAUGUCAAACAGGGGAGUCAGCCCCAGCCGCCGGCGCUACCAAUGGAAAACGCAACUGAAUUUAACGAGGAAGGCCAACCCCUGGCGUCGCUCCCUCCAAUGUCCAAUCAGAAUGUUGAACUGGGGAGGCAGUCACAGCCGCCGGCGCUACCAACUGAAAACACAACUGAAUUUAACGAGGAAGGCCAACCCUCGACGUCUCUCCCGCCAUUUCCCGAUCAGAAUGUUGAACAGGAGAGGCAGCCACAGUGGCUGGCGCUUCCGUUAGAAAACGCGACGGAAUUAAACGAGGAAGACCAGCCCUUGUCGUCGAUCUCGCCGCUGUGGGAUCAGAAUGUCGAACAGGGAAUGCAGCCACAGUCGCCGGCACCAUCGUUUGGAUACGGACACGAUUUUUUCGACUUGUGGGGCUUUUACUGA